UUGCAUGCGUUCCGGAGAAUUUCGCUAAGAAAUGGGAAUGCGGCGUGAAACAACUGCGGUGGUUCACUCGAACUACGUCGGCGUUAACUUGCGGAAUAGAUCAAAUUAGUUAAUUCCAAUUAUAGAUUAAUUAUAUAAAAUCAAUUAAUGCUGAUCUUUUAAAAUCGCAAUAUGUUUGUGAUAAAGUAUUUUGCGAAUGUCUCUAUAAGAUUCCAUCGGAAGAAACAAUGAGCAUACUGCGAUACAAAACUUGUGAUGCAGCUACGUUAUCAUCUUGCAAGUUUAUGAGAAUUUUUGGUGGUUUUCGGAAAAGUUAGUCAAUAUUUUAUUUAUUUUAUUCCUUUAAUCAUUUUGGCAUACCAUAUACGCUCUGGUUUGCUCGAAUUGUUAUGCAGUUCAGCUGUGGAAUGGAACAGCUUCGUUAGUGAUUGUUAAUAAUAUAUUAUUCUAUUAAGAAAAGUGGUGAUUAUAAUCAAACUCAGCAUAUUUGCGAUGCUAUGUUCUGUAAAUGCAUUUCAAAGGUACCAUCUAAAGAAACAAUGAUGGUCUUGCAAUUUAAAUUUUGCAAAAUGAUUACCGAAGGAUCAUGUCAAUUAGCCAAAACAUUUGGAAAAUAUCGGAAAUGUUAGUCUUAAUUAUUUGAUUUUAUUUAUAAUCGACUGUGCAUCC